UAAAGGAAACAAACAACGGAGCACAACGCAGUGACGUGCUGAUGAUAGUUCCGUUCUGUUGGAUCAAGAAGAGACACUUGGAAGAGAAAUUGUUCGUCGAGUAAAACAACCAAGUUUGUUUAAUUUCCAAGAUACACGUGUUUUUUCCAGCGAGAAUCCGUCUGUCGUUUUAAAAUCGUAGCCGCAACAAACAAUGCGCCUGGCAGCUCUCCUGAGCGUGAUCAUUGUUCUCUUGCUCACCACGCAAUCGGUGAGAUCUUGGCACGCCAAAACCAAACAAAUAUCGCCUGUUAUUUUAGUUCCAGGUGAUGGCGGCAGCCAGGUUGAGGCAAAGAUUAACAAGUCAUCAGUGGUGCAUUAUAUAUGCGAAAAAGCAUCCAAUGAUUAUUUUAACUUAUGGCUGAACAUGGAACUGCUUGUACCUGUCGUAAUAGACUGCUUUAUAGACAAUCUUAAAUUAAAUUAUAACAAUGUAACGAGGACUACUAGCAAUCAGCCUGGAGUAGAUAUAAGGAUACCGGGAUGGGGCAAUCCGUUUGUUGUCGAAUAUAUAGAUCCCAGCAGAGCCUCGCCAGGUUCUUAUUUCAAGGACAUUGGAAACAUGUUAGUAAAUGAUUUAGGAUACAUCAGGAAUUUAUCACUACGUGGCGCGCCUUAUGAUUUCAGAAAAGGACCUAGUGAAAAUGAAGAAUUCUUCACUAAAUUAAAAACUUUAGUCGAAGAAACGUAUAUAAUGAAUAAUAAUACACCAGUGACGCUGUUGGUUCAUAGCAUGGGUGGACCUAUGACUCUUAUAAUGUUACAACGUCAAAGUCAAAAUUGGAAGGAUAAAUAUAUAAAUACCUUUAUCACCCUUAGUGCGGUAUGGGCAGGAUCUGCCAAGGCUAUUAAAGUAUUUGCCAUUGGAGAUGACUUAGGUGCAUAUUUUCUUCGUGAAAGUACAUUAAGAGACGAACAGAUAACGAGUCCAAGUCUAGGAUGGUUAUUACCUUCAAAACUACUUUGGAAAGACACAGAGAUUUUGGUGCAAUCGGAUCAAAAAAACUAUACGUUGAGCAAUUUACAACAAUAUUUUAUAGACAUAGACGUUCCUAAUGCUUGGGAGUUCAAAACAGACAAUGAGAAAUAUCAAUUGGAUUUUACGGCACCAGGUGUUGAAGUACAUUGUUUAUACGGUAACAAAGUGGACACAGUAGAAAAGUUGUAUUAUAAGCCAGGUACGAGUGUAAAUGGUUAUCCAAAAUUAAUAGUUGGAGAUGGAGACGGAACGGUGAAUAUAAGGAGUUUAGAAGCAUGUACACUUUGGCAGAAAUCACAAAAACAAAAAAUUUAUAAUCAAAGUUUUCCUGGAGUAGAUCAUACGGAGAUCUUAAGAAAUCCUGAUAUUUUAGCAUAUAUUAAGACAAUUUUAAAAGUAUAUGAUUUUUAUUAGUAUAUUUUAAUGGAAUGCGAAAGAAUG